CACGCACAUCCCUUCAGUCCAAAUCACUGAAUAUAAAGCAAAUUUUUUGCUUCCCAAAAAAUACAACUAGCUUUUUUCAUUACAUAAAAUACAUUUUUUUAAUUUUCAAAUUACAAUCCACAUCUGUAUCUGUGAUGCCUUGGCCUUUUGUUUUGGACCUUUUUGCAGUAUGUUGUUUCUAUCUAGAUAUAUGAGUACUACUCCUAUUGAAAUGUGUGAAUUAUGGGAUGAUUGAAUAGAGGUUGCGAGUGUACGCUGUUCAUCAAAAAACAAGUUGGAUUUUUUACAUUUUUGUGAGGAAUCUGUAGAGAUUUUUCCCCCUUUACUACCUCUUUGCUAUGAGAUAGGAAUAUCUAGGAUCAGUUCAAGUUGCGUGGAAUUCACGUACAAACUCAAUUCCCAGAUCUCAAGGCUUGGUUUUCAAGAAUAUACCCCUCAUUUCUUGGUUUCACUUCAUCCCAUAUUUGUGAAGAAAUCUACUCCGUUUGGUUCAAAACAGCAUCUUUAUCAUCUGGGCCUUUUGUUUUUGGGGUUUUUUGCCUGUAGUUGUCGAAUUUCAUAGAGAUUCAGUGAGAAGAUUGUGGUGAUUUGGGAUUUGAACCGAGUGAAAAGUGGGAAACUUUCUUUGGUUAUGGUGGUUUUGGGCUACUUUAGUUGGUAUCAUUUGUUCUAUGAAGGGAAUGAGAAUUAUGCAGAGAAGGUGAAAUUAGUGGAUUGAGUAUGGAAAGAGGAAAGUUUCUGCUGUGGCAAGUGGGAUUGCUGGUGUUGGCAAUAAUUGAGCCUUCUUAUUCAACUCUAUCUCCUUCUGGUGUGAAUUAUGAAGUUGUUGCUCUAAUGGCGAUAAAGAACGACUUACAUGAUCCUUACAAUGUGCUGGAGAAUUGGGAUGCUAAUUCUGUUGAUCCUUGUAGUUGGAGAAUGGUUACUUGUGCCCAAGAUAAUUAUGUCUCUGCUCUAGGACUACCUAGCCUUGGUUUGUCCGGAACUUUGUCGCCCGGAAUAGCGAACCUCAGUAAUUUGCAAUCUGUGUUACUGCAAAACAAUGCAAUCACCGGUACUAUUCCAGCUGCUGUUGGGAGGUUAGAAAAGCUUCAAACACUCGACCUCUCUAAUAACGAGCUGACCGGUGAAAUUCCCAGUUCUUUGGGAGAUCUGAAGAACUUGAACUACCUGCGGCUUAACAAUAACAGCCUUACUGGACCCAUUCCCGAAUCGCUGACCAAAAUCGAGAGCCUCACCCUCGUGGAUCUUUCCUUCAAUAAUUUCAGUGGCUCGUUGCCGAAAAUUCCUGCUAGAACGUUCAAAUUAGUUGGGAAUCCUCUAAUUUGUGGACAGAAUCAAAACAAUUGUUCUGUUGUCUAUCCAGAGCCUUUGUCCUUCCCACCAGAUGCUGUUAAAGGUCAAUCAAACUCUGGAGCGAAACAUCAUGUUGCAGUUACUUUUGGAGCAAGCUUUGGUGGUGCUUUUUUUAUAAUUGCCGUUGUUGGCUUGAUUUUUUGGUGGCGUUACAGGCGCAAUCAGCAGAUAUUCUUUGAUGUUAAUGAGCAAUAUGACCCCGAGGUACGCUUAGGGCAUUUAAGAAGGUAUACUUUUAAGGAACUCAGAAUCGCAACGGAUCAUUUCAACACAAAGAAUAUAUUGGGAAAGGGAGGAUUUGGUGUUGUAUACAAGGGUCGCUUGAACAACGGGACUGUGGUGGCCGUGAAAAGGAUAAAGGAUUACAAUGCUGUUGGUGGAGAGAUACAAUUCCAGACGGAAGUAGAGUUGAUCAGCUUGGCUGUUCAUAGGAAUCUCCUCCGACUUUGGGGGUUCUGCUCGACUGAAAGUGAGCGACUCCUAAUCUAUCCUUACAUGCCAAAUGGCAGCGUCGCAUCCAGACUCAAAGACCAUAUCCAUGGGAGGCCGGUACUGGACUGGUCGAGGAGGAAGAGGAUAGCGCUGGGCACUGCACGUGGCUUGGUGUAUCUGCACGAGCAGUGUGACCCCAAAGUCAUCCAUCGCGAUGUCAAAGCUGCCAACAUUCUGUUGGACGAAGACUUUGAGGCUGUGGUUGGCGACUUUGGAUUGGCAAAGCUCUUAGACCACCGCGAUUCUCAUGUCACCACAGCUGUCCGCGGCACUGUUGGUCAUAUAGCGCCUGAAUAUCUCUCUACAGGGCAAUCAUCCGAGAAGACUGAUGUGUUUGGGUUUGGAAUCCUACUCCUCGAGCUGAUCACAGGGCAGAAAGCAGUUGAUUUUGGGCGGGGAAACAACCAGAAAGGAGUUAUACUGGAUUGGGUAAAGAAGCUCCACCAAGAAGGGAAGCUGAGCCUUAUGGCAGACAAAGAUCUAAAGAAUGAGUACGACAGAAUGGAGCUUGAAGAAAUGGUUCAGGUGGCACUUCUGUGCACUCAGUUCAAUCCGUUGCAUCGCCCUAAAAUGUCGGAGGUCUUGAGAAUGCUGGAAGGCGACGGCCUAGCAGAGAAGUGGGAACAAUCACAGAACAACGAGACCACACCUAGAUUCCGAACAUUUGAACAACCUAUUCAGAGAUACUCGGACUUCAUUGAGGAGUCCUCCCUCGUAGUCGAGGCUAUGGAGCUCUCGGGGCCAAGGUAGCAUAGCAUCUUUUCAUGAGGUUCGUUUGUCUUCUAAUACUACUAAGCUAAGCUAAAAGCUUUGAAAAAUUUGCAUUCACUCAUCAUGUCUAUAGUGUUUGUUUGAACCUCUGUAUUUGAAAUCACCUGUAUAAAAGAAAGAAAAAGUUAUGUGCA